AUGGUUUGUUUAUGCGCUUCUCUCAUCGGGGAGGUUGGUGAGGUCAUUUCUACUGUGAUGAUGGUGGGGAGUGAUAGUUUCUUCCUCGCCGGGCGUCAUUAUCUCGUCGAGGGGAGGGGCUCCGCCCUUGUCACCUCAGUUUGGGUGAUAGUGACCUGCUACGGUCGUCUUUGCAGGUGCUCUUCGUCUUCUUGGAAAGUGGAGAGUCUUUAUCCUUCUCGGGAGAUGCUCGAUCAUGUUUCUUGCGAAAAGAAACGUCGAGCCUUUCCUUUCUUGGAGGACGCCCAUCUCAGGGAGGCGAUAUACUGGAGGAGUCAUGUCGUCGGUGUCUCCAAGGGGGAGACCUUAACUGUUUUCGCUCCAGAUCCCUCAUCCUUUUGCUCUGCUAGAGGAUGA